UUUAGAAAAGUUGGCAAAUGGUAGUUGAGAAUAUGAACAAAGUUAUGUCUAAUUUUCCAUAACAAAGCGACCUGCCUAUAAUGCAUCAAAUCAUCGUACAAAGACUAUGUAACACAAUUGAAACUAUAAAUAUGAAAACAAUAUUAUAAAUACAAAGUUUUCAAUUAACAAAUUAUUAACCCACAUUAGUCACCUAGAAUUCUGCCAUGUUUCUUGGCUUGAAAACCUCCAGGAACACAAAUUUAACCUCAUUCCAUCGUAACUUAUUACUAAUUGUUCUAUAUAGUUUCGUAAUUAUAUUGCGCGCUACUGCCCAGUCUACCCUCGAGCCUAAGGCUCCAAAGAAUUCAGUCCGAGCAAUACUUGUGUUUGGUGAUUCUACGUCGGACCCUGGAAACAAUAACUACAUAAGGACUGCAUUUAAGAGUGAUUUUUCACCUUAUGGAAGGGAUUUGCCUACCCAUGUUGCUACCGGAAGGUUUAGUAACGGAAGAUUGAGUACUGAUUUUAUUGCAAGCUAUGUUGGAAUAAAAGAGCUAAUUCCAGCAUAUUUGAACUCAUCGCUUAGUAUAGAAGAGUUGAUGACUGGAGUUAGUUUUGCUUCUGCUGGAUCUGGAUAUGAUCCUCUUACACCAACACUAAGUGGAGUAAUUCCAUUGUCAAAACAAUUGGAAUAUUUCAUGCAAUAUAAAUCAAGAAUUGCGGCCAGCAUUGGUCAGGAAAAGACCAAUGAGCUCAUCAACAAAUCGGUAUUCAUUGUUAGUGCUGGAACUAAUGAUUUUGUGGUCAACUACUUCACUCUACCAAUUCGGAAAAGGAUGUAUACUAUCCCUCAGUAUCAGCAGUUCUUGGUCCAAAAUGUUCACCAAUUUAUCAAGAGUUUGUGGGACCAAGGAGCAAGGAAAAUAGCAGUAGUUGGAAUACCACCAAUGGGUUGCUUGCCAAUUGUGAUCACCAUGGCAUCAAACAACUCCAUCAUACGACGUGGCUGCAUUGAAUCUCAAUCGUCCGUUGCUAAAGAUUAUAAUCAACUUCUUCAAACUCAGCUUAAUUCCAUGCAGCUUAGCUUACAAGAUCAGCGCACUAGAAUUGCUUACAUUGACGUUUAUUCACCAUUGCUUGACAUGGUUCAACCUUCUCCAAAUUCAAAUUAUAGUUUUGAAUAUGUGAGCAGUGGAUGUUGCGGUACAGGUUAUCUAGAAGCAGCAUUUAUGUGUAAUCCGGCGUCGUAUGUAUGUAGUGAUGCAUCCAAAUUUGUAUUUUGGGAUUCAAUUCAUCCCACUGAAAUUACUUACUAUCUCAUCUUCAAGGCCCUUCGUUCAGUCAUUGACUAUAUCGUUAAAGAUUGAUGUAUUCACCCCUUUUUUUUCUGACUAAAUGUGUUUAUCAAUUACAUUUAUUUAUUGCGAUUUCUUGUGCUCAUUCUUUAAUUUUUA